CUAUUUUCACUGUUUCGAUUCGAUCGGGUUUAAAUGUUUUUUUUGUCACAUGUUUUAUUUCUGCAAAAAUCAAUUUUGUUUUUCUAAAAUUCAAAAUAAUUCAAAUAAAGAUAAAAAUGCUUCGAAAUUGUUUGAAUAUUAUGUCGAACGUAUGGCGAAUUGCAGGACAACAACGAACAACAAAUCAAACAUCAUUAAUUCGAUCAGAAUUAUUUCAAUCACCAUUAUCAAUUUUUAUGGAUAAAUACGGUCCUAUGAUUCAACAACAACAAAUCAGAACAUUCAAAGAUAAAGAUGUUCUAAAAUUACGUUGUCCAAAAUGUUAUUUCAAAAAAUUGGAUGAUCGUUGGUGGGUAUUGUGUAAUGAACAUCCCAGACAUAAACAACGACAAAGAUUAUCCCGAAUUCAACAACAAGAUCGAAUGAUUGUUACGCAUAUUACACGUACUGGAUCAUAUAAGCGAAAACAUUAUCAAUAUAUUCAUCAUGAUAUUUGAUUUUAUUUUCUGUAAAAUUUGUCUAUUUUGUUCAUUUUGGGAAAAGCCUCUCUAAUUUGUAAUUUUGUUAUUG